AUGGGAAAAACCCAGCUCUAUUCUCUCUGCCAAACUUUCCUGGACUGUAUUUGCUUUUGUCUCCCUCGACAUGGAGACAAAGCAGGAGCUGAAAGUGACCAAGAGACAGAAAGUGGCCACUUACUCUGUGAAACUGGACACGUCAUUGAAGACAGAUAUGAGAUCAUGAACACGCUGGGUGAGGGGACCUUUGGCAAGGUGGUGCAGUGCAUCGACUAUGGCAGAGGAGGAAAUCAAAUCGCUCUGAAGAUCAUAAAGGACAUAGACAGGUACAGAGAAGCAGCCAAACUGGAGAUAAACGUGCUUUCGAAGAUCAGUGAGAAAGAUCCGGAAAACAAAAAUCACUGUGUGCAGAUGCUGGACUGGUUCACCUACCUGGGUCACGUCUGCAUCUGCUUCGAACUCCUGUCCCUCAGCACGUUCGACUUCAUGAAGGCAAACAACUUCCUGCCUUAUCCCAUAAGCCAGAUACGACACAUGGCCCAACAGAUCUGCACCGCCGUCAGCUUUCUCCAUGACAACCAGCUGACUCACACGGACCUGAAGCCGGAGAACAUUCUCUUGGUCAACUCUGAAUAUUCUCUCAUCUACAAUCCUGAGAAGAAGUGCAGUGAGAGGAGAGUGAAAGAUACCACGGUCCGCCUGGUCGACUUCGGCAGCGCGACCUUUGACCACGAGCAUCACUCCGCCGUCAUCUCCACCCGUCACUACCGCGCCCCGGAAGUCAUCCUGGAUUUGGGCUGGAGUCACGCUUGUGAUGUGUGGAGUAUCGGCUGCAUGCUCUUCGAAUACUAUCAAGGAUUCACACUUUUUCAGACCCAUGACAAUCGUGAGCAUCUAGCGAUGAUGGAAAGAAUCCUGGGACCACUUCCUCUCAGAAUGAUUCAGAGAAGCAGAAAACAGUCGGACUUCCAUUGUGGACGUCUAAACUGGAACGAGAACUCAAAGUCUGGACACUACGUCAAAGCCAAAUGCAAAGCUCUGAGGAAGUACUUGUUGACACAGGGGACCGAACAUCACCUCUUCUUUGAUCUUUUAGAGAAGAUGCUCCAGUACGAGCCGUCCAAACGUACCGCUCUCAGUUCAGCUCUCCGCCAUCCCUUCUUUCUCUAUCAGCCCGGGAAGAGUCAGAGCUGGAGAAGCAGCUGCAACUUGAGCAGAUGACAGUUCAACUGUGGUGUGUUCUGUUACAUUUUGGAGACUUAAAAAAGAGGGGUAAUGACAUGGGGGGCUGGACCUCGUUGGAAAGGCAGUC